AUGUCGUACCACGAGAGGGAGUAUCGUCAUACUCGGUACAAGGACGACUCAUCGGACGAUGAGAAGUUCAAGAGCACGACGGUGCGUCGCUACAAGGUCGGUGGCGGCGGCAGCAGCGGCGUCGGAUCAACGGCUCGCGUAGAGCGUAUCGAACGCUACGAGGAUUAUGACGACGACCGACGAUCUAGAUACUCUUACAGAGAUGACCUCCGCGACUCGCACUCUCAUGUUGGGCGUACGUCUGGCGACAUUGUCGAGGUCGAUAAGCGCGUAGAAAAGACCUACCUCCCCGAACGCCCGAAAUCUGCUUUCGACCCUCCCGUGCAGCGCACUGUCGUGGAGAAGCGGGUCGUGGAACGCGAGGGCUCCGACCUCCGUGACCGCGAUCGCGACGACAGGUACCGUGUCAUAGAAAGGGAGAUCGACUAUGGCCGCGAGCCUGAACGGCGCGAUAGAGUCAUCGAGAGGGAGCGAGAGGUUGAGUACUCCCGGGAGCCUGAGCGCCGAGACCGCGUGGUCCGGGAGACUCGGGAAACGGUUGAACGGGACGCUCCGUUGUCUCCUCGCGACCGGGACUGGGACCGUCGCUCUCGCGCCACUUGGGAUGACCGCGACGAGGUAAAGGUCGAGAAGCGGGUUGAGCGCAGGACAGAGGACCACGAUGGCCACGUCGACGAUGUACGGGUCGAGAAGCGCGUGGAGCGCAGAUCUGACGAUCAUGUCGACGAUGUCAAGAUUGAGAAGCGCAUCGAACGAUACCACGAUGAUGACCACCACCAUCACGAGCAUCACCACAGCCACAGCGGUGAUAUCGAGCGCUACAGGAAGGAGACCGAGUACUAUUCCCCAGCGGAACCAGCACCUCAGCCCAUUGUCAUCCGCCAGAGGGCUCCGGAGCCCCAACAAAUCAUCGUGCAAGAGGCGCCUGCUCCGCCCCCUGUGGUUAUCGACAGGCAGCCAGACCCUGGUUACAUCGUUCUGAGGGAGAACAACCGCGAGGUCGCUCGUCGUGAUCCUCGAGAGGAUGAGUACUACUACCGCCGCGAGGAGCGCCGUGAUGAUAACUAUGCAAUGGAGCGCUAUGACCGCCGCCGCCGAGACUACCCGUCAGAUGACGAAGAUGUUUAUGUCAAGAGGACGGUGAUCCGCCGCGAACGCAGUACCAGUUCCGACCACCACAAGAAAAGACACUUGGCAGAGGGCGCACUCGCAGGCGCAGGCCUGUCGGCACUUGUAUCGAGUCGCCGAGGACGAGACGGAGAACUGCCGGAACACCGAGGAAAGAAGGUCCUCGCCGGCGCUGCCCUCGGAGCUCUGGGCACCGAGGUCAUCCGGAGGGCCCGGAGCGCCUACGAGGAUCGAUAUGGUGAAGAGGAUGACUAUGACAGCCGACACCGUGCACGUUCCAAGUCGCGAUCGAGACUCACAACCGGCCUUGCUAUCGGCGCUGCUGCUCUUGCUGUUGCAGGUGGCCUGAAAUAUAUGCAAAGCAACAAGAUAGAAAAGGAAGAAGCCACCAGGGGCCGAAGCAGGCGCCGAUACUCGAAUGAUUCAUAUUCGGUUUCGCGGAGCCGCUCCAGAAGACGUAGCAAAUCCAACGUGGCCAAGGCAGCAGCAGCAACUGGUGCCAUUGCCGGUCUGGUGCAACAUUACCGCAGCAAAUCACGGGGAGGCUCCCGAAGCAAGUCGCGGUUGAGAACAGGAGCCGAGAUAGCUGCAGCAAGUCUGUCAGGAGCAGCAGCAAGCAAGCUAUGGGAGCGCCACAAGGACAAGAAGGCGCGCGAGCACGGGAAAGAUGACGAAGAGUACUACUCCGACCGAAGCCGUCGAUACAGUGUCUCGCGCAGCCGCAGCCGCAGCAGGUCGAGGGCUCGAUCCCUCCACUCACGAGACGGCGCUAAUGGAGAGUUAGGCCUCGUUGAAUACGGCACAACUCCGCUGUCCCCUACAGGUUAUGAGUCGGCGAGUGAAGAGCGCCGCCACCGCCGUCGCCAUCGGUCAAGAUCACGGUCAGUAGACUCUGAUAAGGAUACCAAACGGAAGAGAAGUAAGAGCCGUUUGCGGGAGGCUGCCGCGGGUGUUCUUGGUGCCGGCGCUGCCGCAAUCGGUAUCAAGAAGUAUAACGACGCUAAGAAGGAACGCGACAAGUCGAGGGAACGACAGUCACGGGAGAGAUCUCCUGACAGAAGAGACUCGGAUGAGAGGAGAGCGGAGCGGAGGAGGGAUCGAAAGUCUCGCGAGCGGGAAAGGCGGCGCUACGAUGAAGAAGCAGAAACGGGCGGCUAUUACUCAGACUACGACCCUGAAGCACCUCCAUCUCCGCCGACCGCAUCUGGAGGAGCGUUCUACCCGCCAACCGCUAAUGGUGCUCCACCACCUGCAGGCCCUGCUCCCUUCACACAACAUCCCAACAAUUCGACUAUGAAUGUCAAUGCCUACCCUCCGUAUAACCCGCAAGACUAUGCCAAUUAUCCUCCGCCGCCAGGACCGCCACCGACUGGUCGCCACGCUAACCACCCGCCCAAUAACACUUACCCCCCUACCGGACCUGAGAAUAACGAACGCCCGGGUGGUGAUGGUGGAGGUCCGCAAGACUCCGCAGCUGACGCAGACAGCCAAGUGGUGCGCCAACGGCGCCCAAAUUUGCACCGGCGUCGUUCUGAUUCCGAUCCAUCCUCAAAUAGAGCUCAGCUCCAGCGUCGUAGGCGUCGGCGGAAUGAGUCCCCCUCGUCUGAUGUAGAUGAUGUCGAGGUUCUACCAGAUCGUUUCGAUUCAACGGGCCGGCCUCUAGAUCCCAGUGACCCGCGCCGUUGGCACAGUAGGAGAGGCGAUUUUGAGUACAGUCCGCGCAAUAGGAACGGCACUCACGUCCAAGGUAGCUGGGGAAUCCAGGGAACGGAUCCUGAGAUGGUGAACAGGAUGGCGCAGGGCGUGGGCAAUAUCCUACAAGGCCGACAGGGCUGGAUGGGUAUACUUGGCAAUGUGCUCACAAGUCUUCCGGGCCCUAGCGGUAGCGGUAGCGGUAGCGGGAGGGCGGCUCUUGAAGAUCAGAGGAGUGACGACGAUGAUAUUGACCGACGAAGACGGAGGCACCGGCGCAGGCGCGACGACGAUUCCUAG